AUGGACGCGCUCAGCUCCUGUAGCUCCCACCCUCUCUCACCAUUGCAGUACAGCUCCUGACACACCACACAAGGCCACAGGCUCUCUCCCCCUCUCUGAGCAAGCUUGGAUUCCUGACAGUGCAAGCAAAGCAAGCACCAGAAGCUAGUAGCUCUAGUAGUAUUUCUCUUGCUGCCUCCCUUCUCUCAUUUCACCUUGUUAUUACACACCACUACUACAUCAGAGACAACAAGCCUUCCUCCCAUUGGCCAUCUCUAGCUCACAGCCUACUAUCUCUAAACAUCGACAUUUUCCGGUAUUUUCCUUACCACUUUGCAGUAGUAGUUUGUAGUAGGCAGCAAGGUUGGUUUCUUGUAGCAAUGGAGGCCAAGGUUUGAGAAGGCAUGAGCUUGCUCCCUCUUUGCCCUCCUGAUUAGCCCCUUGGCAGCCACUGUAAGAUUUGCAGCGGAGCAGGAGCUGCGGCAGAGGAAGGGAGCAAAGCAUGGAUCUUUCCGGGGCGCAGGGCGAGCUGCCGGUGCCGAUGGCAAUGCACGGCGGUGGCGGGGGCUCGCCGUACCUGGGCCUGCACCACGGGCACCACCACGAGCACCCGCAGCAGCAUAGCCGUGGCCCGAACGGGCGGCACAUGUCGCCGCCGGAUGUGGUGGUGCCGGAGGAGGCGAAGAACCGGCAGCUGGCGGUGGUGCCCGUGGGCGCGGUAGGUGGAGGCGGGGCAGGUGGGGUGAGGUACCGCGAGUGCCUGAAGAACCAUGCGGCGGCCAUCGGCGGGAGCGCGACGGACGGGUGCGGCGAGUUCAUGCCGGCGGGGGAGGAGGGGUCGCUGGAUGCGCUCCGGUGCUCGGCGUGCGGGUGCCACCGCAACUUCCACCGCAAGGAGCCGCCGGGUGGCGACGCGCGGCAGCUGCACGGGCACCACCCACACCACCACCCGCUGAGCCCGCUGGCGGCGGCGCACCACCACCACCGGGGCCUGCUGGUGGCGGCACUGCCCCCGGCGCCGACGCGCAUGGUGAUGCCGCUGAGCGCCUUGCAGCAUCAGGCGCACCACAGCGCGGCGUCGGCGGAGUCCGACGACGCACGGGCGCAGCAGCCGCCGGCGCGGAAGCGGUUCCGCACCAAGUUCACGGCGGAGCAGAAGGCCCGCAUGCUGGGGUUCGCGGAGGAGGCCGGGUGGCGGCUGCAGAAGCUGGACGACGCGGCGGUGCAGCGCUUCUGCCAGGAGGUGGGCGUGAAGCGGCGCGUCCUCAAGGUGUGGAUGCACAACAACAAGCACACCCUGGCGCGGCGCGGGCAGGAGGGGGGCCACCACGGCGGCGACCCGGAGCAUCUCGGGCAGCUCGGCGGCGGCAUGCCGCUCCCGGAGCCCGGCGGGCCCGGGCGGAGCCCCAGCCCCAGCCGGAGCCCACCGCCGCAGCAGCUCCGGCUGGAUUAACCAACCAACAAACCCAACAUCACAACAACAACAACAUUGAUCAAGACGGCGAUGCUGACGACGAUCGCCUCACUCUAGCUCCGGUUAAUCUAGCUUAGCUAGCUGCAUUGGCUUCUUUCCACUGUUCCAUCCAUCCAUCCAUCCGUCAACCGAACUGAUGCUGAACUUCCACGGAUUUGUUUUCUUUUCUCCAUGCUUGAUUUCUGUAGCUCCUCUUUCUUUCUUUCUUAUUGAUGUCCCUAACUUUGCUGUCUACUAUUGCUUGCUCGAGCGACUGAUGUGGGAGGGUGAGACUGAAGAUCACUUGUUAACUCUGAUGAAGCUCAUGUGUUGUGU